CAUUAUAGCAGGACUCACAUGCAGGAGGGAAAAGCAAUUAAAAUUUCUAAUCUCAAUAAAUCUUGAUCGUUAAUUUUGCAUCAUAAUCAUCAAAUAAAAAUGACAGAUGACUGAACUCAAUUAAUGUUGGAGUAACAGCUUGAGUGGAAAAUUAUUUGAUUGAGGGUGAACAAAACCGGUGGAGGAACUGAACUAGCUGACAGCAGGAAAAAAAUGAGAGAGAAAGCAGGAACAGACUGUUCACCUGAGAAAACAACCAAUAAGAAGAGAGAGGGGGCGUUUCCAGGGAAAGAGAUAAAGCCGGUAUGACAGGUGACAUCUUCACAUAAAGCAAGGGCAAACAGACAAGAAAAGGGGGGAGAAGACUAGCUUACAACUUGGGAGGUUAGAGACCAUUAUUUGGAUCAACUCACAUUCACAGAACUGAACAAGAAAAGGACUUUCAGCAGCUGACAAAAUUGCCACAAAAAGUGUUUCGUAUUUAAAGGGAGGACAACCAAAGCCAAAGGGUUCAGAAGAGGCACUGAGAGGUAAGAAGAAACUUUAAAAUGUCUUCAUUUGAGGCCCAGGGCCAGUCUCCUCCUCGAUGUGGCCCUCAGUUCCCCAGCCUCGGCCAGGAGCCCCCUGAGCUCAGCAUGUACAGUGAUUGCUACUACCCUCCUCCCUCACUGCCAAGUCCUCAGCGCACCACUCCGACCUCCUACGACCUAAGCGACUACACCACCUCUUCCCCAAACCCUUACCUCUGGUUCAAUGGCUCUGGGAUCAACACACCACCGUACCUGGCUACCACCACCCCAUCAGGAAACCCCGGCCCUCCCUUUGUCCCUCAGCACUAUGGCAUGCAGAGGCCUUACCUAGGUCCAGCUGGAGCUGGGGGCCCAGGAGAGCUGAGUUGGUUCUCUCUGCCCUCACAAGAAGACCUGAUGAAGCUGGUCAGGCCCCCUUACUCCUACUCUGCUCUCAUUGCCAUGGCUAUCCACGGAGCACCAGACAGGAGACUGACAUUGAGUCAGAUUUACCAGUAUGUUGCUGACAACUUCCCAUUCUACAACAAGAGUAAAGCGGGUUGGCAGAAUUCCAUCAGACACAACCUGUCACUCAAUGACUGCUUCAAAAAAGUACCCAGAGAUGAGGAUGAUCCAGGAAAGGGCAACUACUGGACACUUGACCCAAACUGUGAGAAGAUGUUUGACAACGGAAACUUCCGCCGCAAAAGAAAGAGGAAGUCUGAUUCCCUCUCCGGCGGUGACAACAGUUCAGGGGCUCCAGAGUCCGGUGACAGUGAGAGGGGCAGCCCCAAACACUCUGCAAAUCCUGCCCUUGACAUCUCCCCCACACCAGACAGGAUCCCCUCCCCUUCAUCGUCAGGCCCCACACCGUGUCUGAGCAGUUUCUUGUCUGAGAUGUCUGGAGUGACGUCUGGAGCAGCUAAUGAGGUGGGAGGCGAUGGGCUAAGCAGGCCACUGCAGAUUAACCUUCCUUUAGAUGGGCCUCAUAGACCUGCACAGCCUGGAAGCUUUAGUAGCUACUCCCCCAACUCAGUUGGCCCGGAGUGGGUACCACAAGUACCAGCUCCCCCUGUGCUCUCAUCUUCACCCACCCACUCUUCCUUAGGGUACACUAGCCCUAUCCUCAGCCAGUACAGUGGGUCCAGUGGGCACUUCUACCCUACACUGGGCUCAACAGGGAUCAUCUAUCAUCGCGAGGGCACAGAGGUUUAAUAAGACAUUGAGGGUGGAAAAGUUUGAUUUGAAAAGACUCUCCACAGGAAAUUGUACCUGUCUGGUUACUUUUGUUUUUAGAGAGGUUCUGAUGUGAAAGACAAUACACACACACACACAAACACACAGAGUAUGUUUGCGCUGACUGAGACAGUUGAGAUCACUAUAGCGUGUGACAGCAGAGUAAAAAGGCUUUGAUUCCCACAGGAACAGCUGAGUCAGCAGCAGCAGACUAUGAGUGUCACUCCCUGAAACCACAGUCAGCCUCACUAUCAGAUCCUCAGUCAGCUUUUAUUCUAUCUGAAGCUGGUCUCUAUCAGAUCUGACUCAUUAUUAACAGAUCCUAGAUCUGAUCUGCUGACAUCAGGCCAUUUCACACUGCUAUCUGUGAUUCUUUGAAGGGUAUCAAAUAUACAAUGCUCAGACAGCAAAUUUAGAGGAGUAGUUAAAUUACACCAGUGUCUACAUAUUGUGUAGUCACUGGCUUUAUAGAUUCAACAAAAGGGUAAAAAGUAGACUGGUUUUACCGCUAAGUGAAACUAUCCGAUGAACUUACAGUCUUGGAGUCUGAUAUACAAGUGGUAGUUGUACUUUGUAAAUAUGUCCAUGUGUUGUGUAAUGUUAUACAUUUAUAUUGUUGGUUUGUUGGUGCAACUGUUAUUGUGCAAAAUUGAUUCUUAAUGUAUGGUAUAUGCUGUUUAUGUUGUGUUUUUAUUAUGAAUAAAAGGUUUUAGAGUUCUACAUUUCCAUCUUUCAUUUUAUUUUGUGAAGAAUAAAU